AUGAACGAGCUACAAUGGGCCAAGUCGUAUGCACGACCCCGGAUGAACUAUUAUCGAUCCAUGGAGCAUCCCGAGACACCAGAUGAUUACAUAUCUCUUCUGAGCCGCUAUCUCAAGCUUGCUCCAUAUCUUGUUACGAACUCUCCGAGCGUCAACGGCUAUAUCUCCGGUUUUCUUACAACGCAAAUUUCCACAGAUGCUGGAGCCUUAGGCGGCUCUAGCCAAAGUACGGCUACUACAGGAGACGGGAAACAGGGCAUGGAUCCUCUGGCGUAUUAUCAACAGUUGGUUCGAGAAAGAGACCCUGUGCGAUGGGCGACAAUCAAGGCCAAGUAUCGCUCAGUUAGGACGAAGCCAAUAUCCCUGGCUCCCAGCUGUUGGGACAGGGAGGAUCUGUUCUCGUUUCGGAAUUCUCUGCUUUCUGUCAUUGCACAUUGGCAAGACAUUGCGCCGGAUGCAGGGCCAUGUCCUGUAACGUUCACCACCAAAGAACUGGAAUCACACCAGAAUGAAAUGGAGCUGAUUGAAGGAAUUUCGUCUAUUAUGCAUCAGCUGCAUGAUGAGGGCCUGAUUCCGCUUGGUGGCAUGGUACGACCAGAGGAUUAUCAACGUAUCAGGGAGAUCAGCAAUCAAUUCAAGCAAGACUUUAUCAAUCUAGGAGAGGAUGAUCGACAAAGAGCAUUGCAUGCAAAUGUGUGGCCUUACUGA